UGAGCUGCAGCAGCCGAGCUAAGAACUACCUCUGUACAGAAAAACAACCACUUAACUUUCCAUUCUGCUGCCUGAGACAACCACUUCCUCCUCACACACUGCAGGCUCCCAUGGAGAGCUCAGAUAUAGAACUGGACCUCCAGCGGAGCGUGCAGGCUGUGCUCCGGGAGCUCAGCGCCCAGACUCCUGCCCUGCAGAGCAACCAAGGCAUGUGGAGAUGGUCCCUGCACAAGAAGGUGGAGCGAGAUCCUGGCAAGAGCCCGGCGCUCGUCAGAAUUCUACUCCGAGAACUGGAGAAGGCAGAACGGGAGGACCUCCGGCAUGUCAUCAUCCCCUUGCUGCACACUCUAAUGUACGUGCUCGCUAAGGCCACAGGCAUCACAGAGGAGCUGUACCGGAGAACCUAUGCCUUCUGCACAAGGUUACUGACACUGCCCGCCCCCUACUGCACCGUGGCCUUAGACUGUGCCAUUAGGCUGAAAACCGAGAUGGCGGUCCCAGGGACGCUGUACCAAAGGCUGGUCAUUGCCGAGCAGAACUUGACGAGUGAGCUGUAUCCCUACCAGGAAAGAGUAUUCCUCUUCGUGGAUCCUGAGCUGGUAUCGCCCUCGGUGUGCAGUGCCCUGCUGCUGGAGAUAGAGGCCGCCCAGGUGCAGCAGACGCCGGAGGCCUGCAUGCGCCACGUGGUCUCCCACGCCCUGCAAGCGGCCCUGGGGGAGGCCUGCCACACAGGGGCUCUGCAGAGGAAGCUGCAGGCCAGCUCCCGCCGCUCCCUGGUGCGCUAUUUCCACGCGGUGGUGGCCGCGGUGGAGCAGACGGCCUGCGAGCCCAACCCCAGCCGGGAGGAACACCUGGAGAGGCUGGAGGAAAUCUACAGCUCGCUGCUGGGGCCAGCGGCGGCCGCCAGGGGGCGCUGCGGCGGUAACACCCCGCAAGACCGGCCGCCAAGCAUCCCUCUGCCCAGCCCACACAUCUCCUUCCAUCUGUGGACGGACGAGGAACAGCUCUGGAAGGAACUGGUACACUUCCUGCGCCCACAUUCCCAACUGCGCCUCAGUGCUGACUUGGAAGCCUUGGAUCUGCAGGGCCUCCUGCCGGACCUGGAGUUAGCCCGGGCGUCGGUGCUGUCCACCGACAGUGGCAUCGAGCGGGACCUUCCUUUGGGUGCUGACGAGCUUCUCUCCCCCAGCAGCCCUGAGAUGGAGCGUGGGGGGCUGCAGCGCAAGGGCGGCAUCAAGAAGCGGGCGUGGCCCCCGUACAUCCUGAUGCCCAGCAGCUGGGACGUGCCCCCGGGGUUGCACCGGAGGACAGGCAGGCCCAGUGGAGAUGGGGAACUGCUGCCCGGGGUCUCCCGGCUGCACACAGCUCGGGUGCUGGUUCUGGGGGACGACAGGAUGCUGGGGCGCCUGGCCAGGGCCUACCACAGCCUCAGGAUACGAGAGACACAGAAGUUUUGCCUCACCCCCAGACUGAGCCUGCAGUUCUACUACAUCCCCGUGCUGGCGCCUAAGGUGCCUGCUGCUUAUGCCAAUUCCGAGCUGGGAGAGCUAGCCGCCUUCCUGGGCCGGGCAGACCCGUGGUACGAGAUAACUGUGAACACCCUGUGCCCCGCCAUCCACAAGCUGGCAGAGAUGCCUCCUGCCCUGGACACAUCCCGCACUGUGGACCCCUUCAUCCUAGAUGUCAUCACCUACUAUGUUCGCAUGGGCACCCAACCCAUCUAUUUCCAGAUCUACACAGUCAAGGUCUUCAGUAACCUGAGCCCAGACCCUACAGAGGACAUCUUUCUCACUGAGCUGAAGGUAAAGAUUCAAGACACCAAGCUCCCCAGAGAAGGUUUUUCGCCCAGGAGAAGAGGCAUGACGGAGGUUCCUGGGGCGGAGCUCUCCAUCUGCUACCAGAAGGCCCUUCUCAGCCACCGGGCCAGAGAGGUCACCGUUUCCCUGCGGGCCACUGGGCUGGUCCUGAAGGCCCUUCCAGCCAGUGACACUGAAGUUUCAGGGCCCACCUACUGCUCCCCAAAUGCUGCUCCAGUUACUGACCACAUGUGCCUGAAUGUCAGCGUAAUGGAGGUUGUCAAGUCCUCCAACUUGGCAGGACGGUCCUUCUCAACAGUGACAAACACUUUCCGGACAGCCAACAUCCAGAUCCAGAGCCAGGACCACAGGCCACUGACGCUGUUUCUGGACAAGGAUAGCCGGCGCACUAUCCAGGAUGUGGUCAGAUUCGAGGUUUCUCCCUGCCCAGAACCCUGUUCUGGGGCCCAGAAGUCCAAGGGGUCAUGUCCCAAGGCACAGGAGGAGGUGGAAAGGACAAAAGCCAAGCCCCUUCUGAUGCCGAUCAACACAUUCUCCGGUAUCGUCCAGUGAGCUCCAAAGGACAGUGGAAGAGCUGAGCCUGAGGACAGUGUGCCUGAGAGGAAGAAUACACUACCCCACCGACCCCGAGCACCCUCCAGCAGCCCGAGCAGGGCCCAGCUCCCCUGGUGGCUUCUGGCCUUGACUUGCUGACAGCAUAUGCCUGGGGGGCAUAGAGAGGCCCUGGGGAGUGAUGGAGCAAUCCAGGGCGGCGCCGGCAAAGUUGCACACACACUCAAAGCCCAGCGCCUUGCACAAAUGUCCACCUCUUCGUUUCUUUUCAGCCCCCACCUCUCCCUCUCAGGCUCCCCACCGGCACUUAAAGCCAAGGGGAAGCUGCUGCUUGGGCCAGACCCUGUGGCCUGAAGGAAAAUGGGAGGUAGGCAAAGACACUCCUGCCUUCCAGGUCAGGAGCUGGCCUCCCCCGGGCCACCGCCCACCUCACAGCUCCCAGGCACACAUCUGGUUGAGCGGAAAAU